CGCUUCAUUUCUAAUUUUGGAAGCAUGGAACCUCGGGGAGCGUUCUCCCAAAGCUAUAUACGUCCUCUCCUCCUCCUCCUCCUGCUCCUCCUCCUCUCCUCUCUGGCGUCGGCCAGGAGGAGGGUGGCGUGAGGAUCCUUUGAUGCAGCCGGUCUCCUCCUCCUGCUCCUCCUCUCCUGCUCUGCGUUGUUAGCUGGCGGCUAAGAAGGAAGCGAAGGAGGCUGCGGCGGCCGAUCCCUCCAUCGCCGCUCGGGAGAAGAGAGCGAGAGCUCCUCCCCUCCUGGUCGGGAGAGGGAACUUUACUCUUCUUCUUCUUCUUCUUCUUCCUUCGGUGUCCGCGGGGAUCAGGACUCUCUAAGCCGAGCAGAAGAGGAGGAGGAGGAGCAGAAGAAGGAAGAGGAGGAGGAGAAGAAGGAAGAGGAGGAGGGGGAGGAGGGGGGUGUUCUUUUGAAGAAGAAAUGAAAGGCAGAGGCCUGCAGAAGCCCACCCCGACUGCAGCCUGGACAGGAUGUAUUUGCUGGAUUACACAAUAAAAAGCCCCCUGAGCCCUGACCCACGCCAUGCCGACGAGCUGACCCGUGGUUCUGUCGGGGGACCCGGUGGCACUGCUGCAGACCAUCUUCCUCCUCCUCCUCCUCCUCCUCCUCCUCCUCCUCCGCUGCCGGCCGUCGCCGGCCUCUGGAGCUCCUGAGUGGCAGCAGGGGCUCCGGCACCGCCAUGCCCACCGCCGUGGUGGAGGUGAAGAGCGGCCUCCCGUCGGGCAUGCAGAGCCCGGUGAGCGAGCAGCGAGCAGAAGGAGCAGGGGGUCCGGGAGACGGCCCGGAGGGAGGCGGCCCCGGGGGAGGCGGCCCGGGGGGAGGCGGCCCCGUGGACCUGCGGACCGAGUCGCGGGCGGUGGACACGGCGGCCCGGGAGCAGCAGCUGCAGCAGGAGCUGGUGCUCCUCAAGCAGCAGCAGGAGCUGCAGAAGCAGCUGCUGUUCGCCGAGUUCCAGAAGAAGCACGAGGUGCUCACCCGGCAGCACGAGGCGCAGCUGCAGGAGCACCUGAAGCAACAACAGGAGCUGCUGGCGGCCAAGCGGCAGCAGGAGCUGGAGCACAAGAGGAAGCUGGAGCAGCAGCGGCACGAGGAGCAGGAGAAGCAGCUGCUGCUGCUGAGGAACAAGGAGAAGGGCAAAGAGAGUGCCAUCGCCAGCACAGAGGUGAAGCUGAAGCUGCAGGAGUUCCUCCUCAAUAAGAUGGAGCCCGGCAUCGGAGGACUGAACCAUUCCUUCUCCCCCAAGUGCUGGGGCUCUCCACAGGGCAACACUCCAGGAACUCCUCCCUACAAACUGCCCCCCCUGCUGGGCAUCUACGAGGGAAAAGACGACUUCCCGCUCCGCAAGACGGUCUCGGAGCCCAACCUGAAGGUGCGGUCGCGGCUGAAGCAGAAGGUGGCCGAGAGGCGGAGCUCCCCACUGCUGCGCAGGAAGGACGGGACGGUCAUCAGCACCUUCAAGAAGAGAGCCGUCGAGAUCUCAGUCUCCUCGUUCUGUAACAGCGCUCCAGGUUCUGGUCCCAGCAGUCCCAACAGUUCCAACUUGGCUAUCGCCAACGGCAACACGGGGUCGGUCCCCAACAUCCAGACCGAGCUGAGGUCUCUCCAUCAGACGCUGGGGGCUGAUGGGACGUUGAGUCCUCUGAACCUCUACACCUCGCCCUCCUUGCCCAAUAUUUCCUUGGGCCUCCCCACCAACACUCACAUCACGACCUCACAGGCACUUUCCAACCAGCAAGAGGCUGAGCGUCAAGCCAUCCAAUCGCUGCGAGGGGGCGGAGCUCUAACGGGGAAGUUUCUCUCCACGUCCUCCCUGCCGUUGGGUGUGGGGCAUGAGGUGGAGGCUCCGCCCCCCAGCUCUCACUCCGCCCACUCCUCGUUACUGCAACACGUCCUCCUGCUGGAGCAGGCCAGACAACAGACUGCGAUGCUCGCUGUGUACAGCCAGUCGCCGCUGGUUACGGCGGAGAGGGGCGUGUCCAGCGCCAUGCGGGCGGUCAACAAGUUGCCUCGCCACCGGCCGUUGGCGCGUACCCAGAGUGCACCUCUUCCCCAGUCGCCCCAGGUGCUGCAGCAGCUGGUGGUCCAGCAGCAGCACCAGCACUUCCUGGAGAAACACUACAAGGUACACACACACACACACACACGCACACGCAUGCUGUCACACACACACACACACGCAUGCUGUCACACACACACACAUGCUGACACACACACACACGCAUGCUGUCACACACACACGCUGACACACACACGCUCACACACACACUGA